GCAUCCGAGGUUCUCCAAAACUUCCUAAUCCAGCUGUCCACGCAGAAAGACUGCUGUCCGCAUGCAAUCAGUCCCACCGUAGGUGAGACAUAAGAAGGCCACACCGCUGCGGCGCGGGCUUGGGCUACUGUAUCCCGCACUAUUAUGCCCCUACUGUCCGAGCUGUCCAGCCCUAUCUGUUAGCCGUCCAUCCAUCAUGAAGUUCACCGGUUAUCUUCUCGCCACCGCCUCACUGGCCGGCAGCGUCCUGGCAGCGCCUCGCAGCGGCGGCCUGGCGGACCGAAUCCGCGCCCGCGCGAUGUCUCGACAAUCGCACCCUCUUGUGCCCGUUGCGGGCGAUGAAAACUACCGCGUGGCCGGCACCGACGCAUCGAACGUCACAUACAGCAGCAACUGGGCGGGCGCCGUGCGCGAACAACCGCCCCCCAACGGCCCGUAUACCGCCGUGACGGCCACCUUCAAGGUACCCGAGCCCACGGCCCAAGCCAUGCGACAGACCGGCACGACGGCGGGAUCAGCCUGGGUUGGAAUCGACGGCGACACCUACAGCGCCGCCAUCCUCCAGACCGGAAUCGACUUCUACCUGGAAAACGGACAGACGUACAACGACGCCUGGUUCGAGUGGUACCCGGACUACGCAUAUGACUUCGACAUCACCGUGAACACGGGCGACAUCAUCGUGGCUAAAGUGGAGGCGCUCUCGUCCAGUCAGGGCGUCGCCACGAUCGAGAACCUCUCGACGGGCCAGACGGCGUCGCAGACGGUCUCGGCGCCGGCCGCGACGGCCACGCUGGGCGGCCAGAAUGCCGACUGGAUCGUCGAGGACUUUCAGUCCGGCGACCAGAUGGUCUCGCUGACGGAUUUCAGCGAGGUCACUUUCUGGGGCGCCCAGGCGGAGGGCGGAGGCGCCACUUGGGGUGUGCAGGAUGCAUCGAUCGUGGAGCUGAAGCAAAAUAACCAGGUGUUGACGUCGGUGAAUGUGCAGAGUAAUUCCGAGUUCACGGUCACGUAUUUGGGGUGAUGUUGAUUGAUGAUGGCGAUGGUGAUGGUGAUGGUGAUCUGAUGGGUGUGUCACGAUCGGAUUGAUUUUUCUUUUAUUUUCUGCUUCUUUCUGGAUCGAUUCUUCUUCUGCCGUGUAUGUAUGUAUCGUGGAUGUCUGGUCUGAUAUGCGGUGCUCGGCUAUCGUACUACGCUGGCCUCGG